GUUUCACAUCUCUCUCUCGACUCUAGUGUUCCCAUCUCUAUAAUCCGAAUUCCAACUUCGAUGAACACAAGUCGCUCAUUAAGUGGCAAACAAGUGAGAAGAAAAUAAAUUGAUGCAUGGAUUUAAGUGUAUGCGAGUCGAAAUUCCGUGCAGUGAAAACUAAUAUCAUGCGAAAUAACACUUUUUGGUAGACUCGCUUGUUUGAUCAUUUCAAAGUAAAAAAGAAAAAAAAUGUAUGCAACGGAAAAAAGGAUUUUUUUAAGAAAAGCUGUAGCACUACGAAAUCCAUAAUUAAAGCAAUCAAGCGAAUGCUUUUCGCGCACGCCUGAAGGCGGCAAAGAGCUUCGUAUUCAAACGAACGGGCAUGGAAUGGAAAGAACGUAGUCCUGCAUUAACUAGAAUUAUUGAAAGGUACAGCGGACCAGCUACAGAGGAGGUUCCUUGAAUCAAAUUAUGUUAAGGUUGGAUUGCCAAAAUAAGAUAUUUGAUCGACAGAGGGCAGGAAAACGGCGAUCGCAACGAUGAUAUUUACAAGAUUCCUGUCGACAGGCCGCACGUUUCACGGCAAGAGCAGUUAAAGAGAGGGUGGUAUACACAGCCGUAAUCAAAGAUCAUGAGUCCUACCGCUCCUCCAACUUUUGCCGCCAACAACAUGAGCAGGCCUGAUGCGAAGGAGGGUGCUCUCACCCUCGAGGAGAAGAGGUUUCUUGUGGCGGUAGAAAGGGGUGAUUUGGCCUCCACGAGAAGGUAUCUGGAAAGCGCAAAAGAGAAAAAUAUAAACAUAAACUGUACAGACCCUCUAGGUCGCUCUGCUUUACUCAUGGCAAUAGACAACGAAAAUUUAGAAAUGGUCCAACUUCUUAUAUAUAGCCAAGUUGAAACCAAAGACGCUCUGUUACAUGCAAUAAAUGAAGAGUUUGUCGAAGCUGUUGAAUUGUUAUUAGAGCAUGAAGAGCAGCAUCAUGUGAAGGGCAAACCACACAGCUGGGAGGCUAUAGAUCGCGACAAAGCGACUUUCACCUCUGACAUCACGCCUUUGAUAUUAGCUGCGCAUCGCGAUAACUACGAAAUCAUCAAGCUCCUGUUAGACAGGGUAUCGAAUGACUCAUCGCAAGCUCCAUUAGACAUUAAGAUACCCACGCCUCACGAAGUUCGUUGUGGUUGUGUAGAAUGCGUCAAGUCCAGCAGUGAAGACAGCCUAAGGCAUUCGCGAUCUCGGAUCAAUUCCUACAGAGCACUCGCUUCACCUUCUCUCAUAGCACUCUCCAGUAAAGAUCCCAUUCUUUCUGCAUUUGAACUGUCCUGGGAAUUGAGACGGUUAAGUUUCAUGGAGCAAGAAUUCAAAAAUGAAUAUCAAGAGCUUCGAAGACAGUGCCAGAACUUCGCUACUGCUCUCUUGGACCACACGCGAAGUUCUUACGAACUGGAAGCAAUGCUCAACUACGAUCCCAGCGGUCCGGCAUUCGAACAUGGAGACCGCAUGCAUCUCAGCAGACUCAAGCUAGCAAUCAAAUACAAGCAAAAAAAAUUCUGUGCUCAUCCGAACGUCCAACAACUUCUUGCUUCCAUUUGGUACGAAGGUCUACCAGGUUUCCGCAGAAAAAAUAUUUUACUCCAGAUGGCCGAGAUCACAAGGAUAGGCCUUAUGUUUCCUGUCUUCUGCACAGCAUACAUCAUCGCUCCCAAGUCAUAUUUAGGCCGCACUUUAAGAAAGCCUUUCAUCAAGUUCAUAUGUCACUCGGCUUCAUAUGUUACAUUUUUGUUUCUGUUAAUUCUGGCGUCCCAACGAAUUGAAACAGUAGUAGUAGAAUGGUUCGGAACGGAUGAAAUGAGGCAACGUCUGCACAGUGACGUCACAACCAAGAGAGGUGCACCACCUAGCGUUGUCGAAUUAAUAAUUCUUACUUGGGUAAUGGGCCUUAUUUGGAGUGAAAUCAAACAACUGUGGGACAGCGGUCCAUUGCAAUACAUAAAUGACAUGUGGAAUAUUAUAGAUUUUAUAACCAAUUCACUUUAUGUUGCAACUGUAGCCCUAAGGAUCAUAGCAUAUUUUCAGGUGCAAAAAGAAAUAGCCGAAGACACAGGAACAGCUUAUCUACCACGCGAAAAAUGGGAUGCGUGGGAUCCUAUCCUCAUUGCCGAAGGACUUUUCGCAACAGCCAAUAUUUUCAGUUCUCUGAAACUGGUGUACAUUUUUUCCGUGAACCCCUACCUGGGACCUCUUCAAAUAUGCCUUGGAAGAAUGGUGAUUGAUAUUAUUAAGUUUUUCUUUGUAUACACAUUGGUGCUUUUCGCAUUUGCAUGCGGCAUGAACCAGCUUCUCUGGUAUUAUGCUGAUAUGGAGCGACAAGUUUGUUUCUCCGGUAAAAACGGUCAGGACAGUAAACUGGAUCAUUCAGCUUGUUUCACGUGGAGGAGGUUCUCCAAUUUGUUUGAAUCUUCGCAAACUCUCUUUUGGGCGAGUUUCGGUCUCAUAGACUUGGAUAAUUUUGAAUUGACUGGGAUUCAAAGCUAUACCAGAUUCUGGGGACUGCUGAUGUUCGGUUCCUAUUGUGUUAUCAAUGUCGUUGUCCUCCUCAACCUCCUCAUAGCCAUGAUGAAUCAUUCAUACCAAAUUAUUUCCGAACACGCCGAUGUUGAAUGGAAAUUCGCAAGGACCAAACUGUGGCUUAGUUACUUUGAAGACGGAGCAACAGUGCCUCCUCCAUUCAACAUCAUUCCUACUCCUAAAAGCGCCAUGUAUCUCUUUCGCUGGUUGAAAAGGAAGUUCUGUGCUACAAGAACUGUCAAGAAAAAAGAUCUAAAAACAAUACGGUUAUUAAUAAGGAAAGCUAAGCAAGCGAGUGAAAGAGACCUACGAUACAAGAAAAUAAUGCGAAAUCUUGUAAGACGUUACGUUACUAAGGAGCAGAGGAAUGCUGAUAAUCAAGGAGUGACAGAGGAUGACGUAAAUGAAAUUAAGCAAGAUAUAUCUGCAUUCAGAUUUGAACUUAUAGAGAUCAUGAAGAACAGUGGCUUUAACACGUCUAGUGCCAGCGAUCAGAUGCAAGGUGGACUCGCGAAAGGAACAGGAGGAAAGAAAGGCCGUCAAAAAGAACGCCGUCUGAUGAAAGGUUUUGACAUUGGAGUUGUGAAACAGCCACCUAAUAAGGCAAAUCAAAAAUCAGACGUUGAGGCAGCAACGAAGUCCCCUAGAACACAUUGGCUUAAGCUGGCUAACUUAGCCAAUGGAAGAAAACAAGCUAAAAGACCACAGGGUGCAAAAUGGCCUUACAGCGAAAGAAAUUCUCGCAAUUCUAAAAGCAAAAACCAAGACAGCUUAAGGAGUCAAAGUAUGGAAUCAGUCAGCUCAGAAGUGACAUCAGAAGCAGAAGCUACGCACAACGAUACUACCUCUAGUGAAUCUUCGUUGAGCCUUACUGCAUUGGUCAGCGGCGAUCCACUUUCAGAAGCUGGAAGCAAUAAUGGUGUAACCAUUGUUGUUAGCGAUGAUGAAUCGAUGAAAUGCGACCGUGCUACAAAUACGGAUACACCAGCUCGACAGUGGUCAAAGUUAACGAAAAAACUAAAUGCGCUCACCUCUCUUACAUCUUCACGCUUUCGAAUGGCCUUCCAUGAUGCAAGUCCUGAGAAGGAUCCACAAAUGGACCACCAUCAUACAGCAAAAUUACAUCACAGCGAAGCUACAAAGAAGGCUAAAGCUAGACGAACGGUAAGCGCGCCAGCACCAAGUGCACAUCCUAAGCAUCACCCCUUAGUUAUGAGGCCUCAAGGAAAGACGCCAUAUGCUUCUAUUCCAUCUGUGAGUGUCUCAGUUCAGAACAAUGCUCAUAAUAUAAGCACUCUGUCUGGAAAUAUAGGAAGUGUUGAAGAAUCACCUUCAAGCGGUAAAUCAACUUUAAACUCACCGUCUUCCCCUAAAACGCCUAAAAUGAGAUUACAGGAACGCUUUCCAGUGCCUACGGUUCACAUCGAAGAAGAAGUUCCCGUUAAGGGAACUUCAUCUAAAAGGGCAUCUUCCAGAAGGAGCAGCACCAUAACAAGGAAAGAUUCCGACAUUCCAAUUGCCUCCUCCACGCCCGAAAAUACAACCCCGACUGUUCCCAUUGCACCCCAAAAUCAGCCUGCAACUCCUAUAGCAACAAGUCAACCUGUAAGUCCUCAUAAGCCUAGUAAUGGGACUCUGGGACUAAUAUCGACUGUUUACGGGAUUGAACCUGUUAACAAAGAAAUGAGAACUGGCUGGAUAUGACUCGGAAUCACUUAUUAGCGGUGCCAAAUCAAUUAUUUUUGUAUGAAUUUCUUUGGCACUUAAAAUCGAAAAAAACUAUGUUUACAGAGACAGGCCAAUAGGCAGUUAAAGUACUCGUUUAAUAUUUUGAAGUUUAGAUUUCCUUUUUAAUAGAAUAUUUAUUUGGGAUUCAGUUUUAAUCAUCACAAUGGUUCAAGUUACUUUUCCCUAAUAUUAAAAAAAAAACUUCUCCAGUAAUUUUAUAAAGAAGCUUCUUGUAUGAUCGUACUAAUAAUUUCUUCAGAGUCAGCUAAUAUAUUUUUUCAACAUCUGUCAAUUAAUUCUGUCUUAAUUAGUAGUAUUACUUGGCCUAAUUCUAUUUUUUGAAAGUUAAAAUUUAAUAAACCAGAAAAAAAUGCCAUUAUUUCCCAUAUUUCUCUCAUUCCAAUUAUAUAAUUAUUCAUUUAUUUCAUUCGCAAAAUAAUAGAUCCUAAUCUCAUCAUAACAAAACUAAGUAAUUAAAAUUGAAAUAAUACUUUUACCUUUUACAACAUGUCUACUGGCCAGUUUCUGUACUCAAAUAAGGCCUAUCUUUAAUACUAAGGUUGUAGCUACCAAAAUGCUGAUUAAUAGGACGUCCAUUCGAAGUUAAAAAUGAGAAACAUAACUAAUAAACACUGAUUAAAAUGCAUAGAAUAAUUUUAACAAGAAACAAACGUGUGCUGUUUUGACGAAUACCACUGAUUUCUUGUUGUGAGAUAGGAAAUAUAAAUAUGAUGUUUUAGAUGCUUAAAUUUUUGCCUUGGGGUUGUAAUUUUUAUAUUAAUAUUGAGAAACAUUUCUUACCUCAGAUGUCCUGAUGUAUACAAACCUUCCGCAGAUAAACUCAUAAAACUAACCGCAAUACUACUUCCGUUUUAUACACAUCUGAUAAAAGCCUUUGAAAGUCUAUGACAGAUUUUUAUGAAAUAUAAAAAAUCAUAUCAAUUGCAAACAGUGAUGUGGUGAUAACUAAGAAAUGUUCAAAGAUAUGUGACUUUAGGACUGUAGUUUAGUAGUAACUUUUACAGAAACAAUAUACGAAUAAGUAUUUAAUAGAUGCCAUAAAUUUAAUGCCUCAAACUGUGCGAUUUAGUGCAACUGAAAAGCAUUUUUACAGUAAUGCUUUUUAGACAUUGUUUCUGUAGACAAGAAAUGUUUUGUUUCAUUGCAAAAAAGUUAAUUAUUACGAAAAUACCUUGAUUUUGCUCUUUACCUGAAUUCUAAUCUCAUUGUUAAUAACUAAAUGAGAUUAAGUAUUCAAUUAAUCAGCAAACUCACAAGAACAGGAUUUUAAAGUUUUCCACAAAACAAUAAACUUGCUUUUAAUAAUAUACCGUAAAUUUUAUCUAAAUUAUUACAUCCCAUUUUAAUGUAAAAUGGAGUCUAGGAGCUUCAUUGUUUGCAUACUGACUUUUUUUCUCAAGUAAGAAUUUCGUCUAUUAUGUCUUUUCUCAUUUCAUCAUCUUCAUGGAAACACUAAAAUAAUUCACGUUUCUCCAUUUAACAUCAAAUGUGUUUUUGAAGAUUAUUUUUGCUCUUAAUGCUGCAACUGGCAACGGCAUUCAAAUACUGACUUUUUAAUUUUUCUCAUUAAGACCAGCACUGUGUUUUUUUAAUGUAAAAUCUUGUACAAUAGCUGAAAAACUAUAUUCAUUAAACAAAACGUAAAAAUGUUUUAGUUUAUGGUGCGGUUUGCUGGAUGAACUGGUGAAACUUUUACACUAAAAACUUGUUUUUCAAAGUUCUUAAAAAGUUCCAAAUGUAUAACUAAGAUUUCUUAUAGUAAUUAAAUAAGCGCAAAUUCACAUAAAAAUAUGUUAA